AUGUCAGAAAACGACAGAAUUGGUGGAAAGAAUAAACUCGAGGAAAUUGACCUUCUCUACGGUCUGAAUGUAGUCUUGCCAGCUAUUGAACAGUUUCGGCGAACGAUGUACGCACUUUACUACAAGGACUCUAUGCUGUCUCGAAAAAGAGACGAUCCAGCCACGGAUCGCAUCUUCUCGCUCGCUGAGAAACACUCUAUUCCGACAAUUCGCAAGAGUCCCUAUGAAUUAAGCAAACUCACCGAGGACAGACCACAUCAAGGCUUUGUUCUGGAAGCAUCGAGGAUCAAACCAAUCCGUAUAACAACUCUGGAUAAACCAGGGAAAACUGGGUAUAGAAUACUUUCGCCCGGCAAUAAUUCGAUAGGAAUGCGGCUGUCAAAUCGGAGAUUUCCUCUUUGGAUUGCUUUGGAUCAGAUUGUUGAUCCGCAGGUAUUUGGCGUGAUUGAAUUGUUAUUAUCUAUGAAGAUAAUUGUAAAUAAAGCUCUCUAUCGUUUGGAAGGACGGCGUAUUUUAUGGGAGUCGAUGGGCUUCGCAUCGAAAGCCAGUGCAGGAGUUCUUGAAGUUAUGGAUAUUUACGAUACCGAUAGAAUGGAUAGAUUUCUAGAGACAUCAUCUCGUAAUGGGUGGAAAGUAUACGGAUCGGUAUCCCCUGAAAAUGAUGUUGAUGCGAUAUCAAUAGUUGAUCUGUCUCCACCAGUACAAUUGCAACCAUCAAUUCUCGUUCUCGGUGGUGAAGGAAAGGGAUUACGGCCGUUCAUUCGCAAUCGCAGCGGCAGCAGUCCUGAUUUACAAAUUUCUCCUGGGUUAACAGAACAAGUAGAGACACAAGGCUCUACCUGGCAGAUUAUGCCACAGUUCCAAGCUGAUCAUAGUUGA